AUGGACUUGAACAACUCUCUCGGUGAUGCGAAAAAUGCAGGGCUCUCGACCCCUUUUGAGGUUCUUUCACGAAUCUUCGACUUUCCGGACAAAGUCCAACUUUCCUGGUGGUAUACCAUCGGUCCUACUUUUGCGAAAAUGAUGGUCGAUUCAGACUACAGCGUGCACCAUCAGUACGAGUACUUGUGCUUCAUCUACAGGUACCUCCUUCCUGUACUAAAGUCACUGCAUGCCCCGACCGGUAAGACUGCGCUGGAAAACACGCUUGUUAGCAGCACACCGUACGAGCAUAGCAUGAAUUACCAGGCAUCUAAAUCGACUACGCGCCUCUACCUCGAGCCCACCAGUCACUUGGACGGGACGAUCCGGGAUCCAUGCAACAGACUUGCCGUCCAAGCGUUCCUGAAUAGGAUCCAGACAGCUCUACCUAACAGUGGGAUCGAUACGACCCUGUUCUACUUCUUUGCAGACAAGUUGGUUUUGCCGAGGGUAGACGAAGCCCGAAUUCGAAAGACAGACAUAGUGGAUAAGCUACCAAACCAGAUGCAAUGCUCCACUGCGUUCGAGCUCAAGGACGGGAGGAUUGGGAUGAAAACGUUUAUGUACCCGAUGAUGAAGGCCCUUGCCACGGGUAAAUCCGUCACUAGGGUUCUUUUUGAUGCUCUCCAGACACUCCCGGCUUUGGAGGGGGGUGCGGCAUAUAUGCCUGCAAUUUCGGCUAUCGAAGAGUACGUGUAUCCACUCACGGACAAAUGUCCGUCACCGACGAUGUCGACCUUCUUCGUGGGCUUUGAUAUGGUUGCUCUCGAGCUUGCCCGAAUCAAGGUAUACAUCUCCGAGGCAGAGGUCAGCUGGGCGAAACUGGCGGACCUUUGGACCCUUGGCGGCCAGCUGAUAGACCCUGACAUUGCAGCCGGACUGGAGUUGCUACACCAGGUCUGGUUGCUACUCAAAAUCCCAGAGGGAAUUCGCAGACUAUCAGACGCUCCACCGGAUCUUAACGACACAGGAACCUUGAACCAAUUGCUUAUGAGCUACGAGGCAAAGCGUGGUUGCCCGGAGCCUACCCCAAAGGCAUAUAUCUCUCUCCGAGGCUUUGAUGAAAACAUCAAAUGUGAGAGGAUGAUCUCCAUAUUCAACCAUUUCGGAUGGACGAAACAUGCGGCUUCGUACCGUGAUAAUAUACAGUCAUACUUCCCGUCCUUCGAUUUCCAAAAGACCACUACCAUACAAUCUUGGCUUUCGUUCUCGUACAGCAAAAAGACGGGUCCCUACAUGACAAUGUAUUUUAAUGAGUUAGAUACUUCUCACACUUUUCAUGCAUUAGGAUGA